AAAACCUUCAUCAUGUUAGUCCUGUUAAAGUCUCUGACAACAAAAGUCAUAACUGAGCUCUGUGUCCAAUUAUUUUAAGACAACAGAAGUAUUUUAUAAGUAACAGGACUAAACUACAGAAUGUGUUCUAGUCUGUUAUUGUGUCAUGAGAAAAGAGGAAAUGAGAAACACAGGAAGAGUUACAAAUGUUGUCAUGAAGAAAUAUAAGUAGAUGAUGAGAAGAGACUCAGUAAGAGAAACACAACAUGACUGAGAAGAGUGAUAUAUGUCUGCUGGGACUGAUCCUUCUCUCUUCACUAUUCACAGGUGUGAGUGGAGCAGAAGUGACACAUGUGUUCAUCAGUUCUGGAGAAAGUGUGUCUCUGUCCUGUAAUGAUGGUCUUCAUCAAUGCUCCUCAACUACAUGGAUCUACAAUAAUUAUACAAGAUCAUAUACAGUAGAAGUGUUUACUGGAGGAAUAAAGAAGAAUAACACAGAGAGAUCUGAGAGACUGAGUCUGACAUCUGACUGCUCUCUCAACAUCUAUAAAACAACACAACAUGAUGGUGGACUUUACAUCUGCAGACAAUAUGUGAAUGAACAUCAACAUGAACCUGAUUCACAUGUUUAUCUACAUGUUCUUCAUGUGUCUUCAUCAUCAUCAUCAUCAUCAUCUUCAUCACAGACUGAGAUAAGAGCAAACACAUCUGUCACUCUCUCCUGUCAGCUGUUUACAUAUAACUGUGAUUAUGAGUUCAGUUAUUAUGGAUUUCAGCUGUUGUGGAUGAAUCAGACUGAUGUUGAUCUAAAGACAGACUCCAGAUAUCAGAUUAGAUCAGAUAAACUCUGUCUCAUCUCUCUGACUACAACACUCGUGAAUGAAGACGACAACACAGAGUUGAGAUGUGUGCUCAAACACAAGAAUGACAUCAAGACCUCAGUCACAUAUACUGUCAGAUUUACAGGUAAGACAUCACUCUGACAGGAGUGUCCUGAACUCAAAGUGACUUCAGUCAUUAAACUCUGUACUGAUGAUGAAGAAAUGACAUAAACAUGAAAUAUGAUUGUGAUGUUCUACAGUAUGAUGUCUCUGAACAUUCAUCAUCUUCUGUAUGUGUGUGUGCGUGUGUGUGUGUUUGUGUGUUUGUGUGUGUAUGUGUGUGUAUUUCCACAUUAUUAUUUUUUACAGCAUCAACUACAUCAUCAAUAAUAAUAAGAGGUAUGAAGUGUUGAUUGUGAUCCAUGUGUCCUGUUACAUAAGUACAUGAGUGAAACUCUCACUGAACUCAUCUUGUGUUUGUUUCUCAUGUGUAGUGUUUGAGAGUUUGAUGGAUUUAAUGGUGUUCUUGUGUCUUCUAGUGAUUCUAGUGAUUGUUGAGG